UGGGCGCGCUCAGCCCGGCCCGGCCGAUGGCGGAGGCGCCCCUCUCCGCCGCCACCUCCCAGCUCCCCCGCGCGUCGCUCUUCCCAAUGGCCCAGCCCCGUCCCGCGCCCUGACUGCCGGCGAGCGGGUGCGGCGCCAGCCCCGGGCGGCUGGGAGCGGGGCGGGGAGGGAGGGAGGAGGGGACCCGCCGCGAGGGGCCGGAGGAGGCUGCCGGAGCCGACUUUUCGCCAAUGGUCCACAGCGACAUGUCCAAGUCGCCUCCGUCAGCGGCGGCGGCGGUGGCGCAGGAGCUCCCGAUGGACGUGCUGGAGAGCGCAGCGCCCGCGGGGGCGCUCGGAGCGCCCGCACAGUCAUAUGGAAAAGGAGCUAGAAGGAAGAACAGAUUUAAAGGAUCCGAUGGGAGCACGUCAUCUGACACUACCUCAAAUAGUUUUGUUCGUCAGGGUUCGGCAGACUCCUACACCAGCCGUCCAUCCGAUUCAGAUGUGUCUUUGGAGGAAGACCGGGAGGCGGUGCGCAGGGAAGCAGAGCGGCAGGCCCAGGCCCAGUUGGAAAAAGCAAAGACAAAGCCUGUUGCAUUUGCAGUCCGGACAAAUGUCAGCUACAGCGCAGCCCAUGAAGAUGAUGUCCCGGUGCCUGGCAUGGCCAUCUCAUUUGAGGCAAAAGAUUUUCUGCAUGUUAAGGAAAAAUUUAACAAUGACUGGUGGAUAGGGCGAUUGGUUAAAGAAGGCUGUGAAAUCGGAUUCAUUCCAAGUCCAGUGAAACUAGAGAAUAUGAGGCUACAGCAUGAACAGAGAGCCAAGCAAGGGAAAUUCUACUCCAGUAAAUUAGGAGGAAAUUCAUCAUCCAGUUUGGGUGACAUAGUACCUAGUUCCAGAAAAUCUACACCUCCAUCAUCUGCUAUAGACAUAGAUGCUACUGGCUUAGAUGCAGAAGAAAAUGAUAUUCCAGCAAACCACCGCUCCCCUAAACCCAGUGCAAACAGUGUAACGUCACCCCACUCCAAAGAGAAAAGAAUGCCCUUCUUUAAGAAGACAGAGCACACGCCUCCCUAUGAUGUGGUACCUUCCAUGCGCCCCGUGGUCUUGGUAGGCCCUUCCCUGAAGGGGUACGAGGUCACAGAUAUGAUGCAAAAAGCAUUGUUUGACUUUUUAAAACACAGAUUUGAAGGGCGGAUAUCCAUCACAAGGGUCACCGCUGACAUCUCGCUGGCCAAACGCUCAGUGUUAAAUAACCCCAGUAAGCACGCAAUAAUAGAAAGGUCCAAUACAAGGUCAAGCUUAGCGGAAGUUCAGAGUGAAAUAGAAAGGAUUUUUGAACUUGCAAGAACAUUGCAACUGGUAGUUCUUGAUGCGGACACUAUUAAUCAUCCAGCUCAACUCAGUAAAACCUCUUUGGCCCCUAUUAUAGUUUAUGUAAAGAUUUCUUCUCCUAAGGUUUUACAAAGGUUAAUAAAAUCUCGAGGAAAAUCUCAAGCUAAACACCUCAAUGUCCAGAUGGUAGCAGCUGAUAAACUGUCUCAGUGUCCUCCAGAGUUGUUUGAUGUGAUCUUGGAUGAGAACCAGCUCGAGGAUGCUUGUGAGCACCUUGCCGACUACCUGGAGGCCUACUGGAAGGCUACCCACCCUCCCAGCAGCAAUCUCCCCAACCCUCUCCUUAGCCGCACUUUAGCCACUUCAGCGCUGCCUGUUAGCCCCACUGCAGCCUCUAAUUCACAGGGUUCUCAAGGCGAUCAGAGGACUGACCGCUCUGCUCUCGCCCGCUCUGCCCCACAAGCUGAGGAAGAACCUUGCCUGGAACCAGCCAGGAAGUCCCAGCACCGGCCUUCCUCCUCAGCCCCGCACCACAACCAUCGUAGUGGGACAAAUCGAGGCCUCUCCAGGCAGGAGACAUUUGACUCAGAAACCCAGGAGAGUCGAGACUCUGCCUACGUGGAGCCGAAGGAAGAUUACUCCCAUGAGCAUGUGGACUACUAUGCCCUACACCGUGACCACAACCACAGAGAGGAGCCCCAUGGGAGUGGUGAGCACAGGCACAGGGAGUCUCGGCACCGGUCCAGGGACCUGGAUCGAGAGCAGGACCACAACGAAUGCAACAAACAACGAAGUCGUCAUAAAUCCAAGGAUCGCUACUGUGACAAGGAUGGAGAAGGAAUAUCCAAAAAAAGGAAUGAGGCUGGGGAGUGGAACAGGGAUGUUUACAUCCGCCAAUAACUUUGGUCUGUUUGUGUUUUUGGAUUUUUUUAAGUCUUGUAUAACAGCACCCUCAAUCUAAAUCUUUGGGGUCGACAUUGCAAUCAUAUGUGAUCUGUCUUGUAUAUUUUGUAUUGCUGUUGCUUAAAUAGCAAUAGUAUGACAGAGUAUUAAUAUACUUUUUUUCUUUUCUAAGUGCUAUAUAAAUGUGCCUGGUACGGCUGCAGUCCUCUGGUUGUGUACUGGACUUUUCAAAAACUGUUUGGGGUAGCUGCCACUUGAACAAAUUGUUGCCAUCCAGGGGGCAUUAGUAUUUUAAGAAAUGUGGUGGAUGUUUUAAAAAAUAUAGUUGACAUCUCCAGCAAGCCAGAACUGGCUCAGAUAAAAAGUGGAAUUUCUUGAUUCUCCAGAUUUUUAAAAUGUAGGCACCUGAUAUGCAUAUUCAUUCAUCCAUGGACCACUGUUUCUUGCUUGUACCUCUGGCUGACUAAAUUUGGGGACAGAUUCAGUCUUGCCUUAUACAAAGGGGAUCAUAAAGUUAGAAUAUAUUUUCUAUGUACUAGUACUGUGUACUGUAUAGACAGUUUGUAAAUGUUAUUUCUGCAAACACCUUCUUAUAAUUAUAUAUAAUAUAUACAUAUAUAUAUA